ACGUUUUGUUGGCCAUACUUCUACAGACGUCUACAUUUCUAUGACUUUUUACACAUUUUAAAUGGGAUUGUGUAAGAAACUACUCAUUGGGGAUGGCAUCACUGCUCUUAUUACGUUAAUCCUCUGCUUGUCAUUGGGACUGACUGUUGUUUCGAGGAAUAUUACGUCUACAUUUUUCUCUAGGUGUGAGAAGUUUAAUGAAUAUGACUGUCAAAAGCUAUGGGAUGCCUUUCAGCAGGCCUAUGUUAACAAGGAUCCAUGUAAAGUUCCAGUGGAAGCUUAUGAUCCCCUGAUUGCUGCAGCCCCCUUCAAACAUCAGUGCAACAAAACGAUGUUCUGGAGCAAAACAAAGGAUGUGGUCCAUGGUUUAACUGCAAAGAGAAAUGAUUGUUUUGUCACUUUGGAGGACACUCUGUUGGGAUCUGUCCUGGAUAAUCUGACCUGGUGUGGAAAAGAAGGCAGCAACGAUACCUUUACUACUGGGUGCCCCGGAUGGUCAGAGUGUGUAAACAACCCUGUUCGCUCAUUUUGGAAUCGUUCCUCUGCUGCUUUUGCAGAUGUAGCCUGUGGUAAUGUCACGGCAAUGCUAAACGGAUCCAUCAACACGCCAUUCAAUCCUACAAGUAAUUUUGCAAGCGUUGAGGUGCCGAGGUUUAAAGCCUCUAGGGUCAAGAAGCUGAAUGUUGUUAUGGUCAUACAGAAGAAUGCCAUAUCAAACUGUAAUCAUUCAUCCUUAAAAGAGUUAGAGGCGAACAUGACAAAGAGAAGUAUAACAUACACCUGCAAAGACGUGUCUGAAUCUCGGAUUCAGGAAUGCGGCUCCAAACCAGAGAUUGCGUGUGGAGCCUGCUGGUGAACAAGUCUGAUGUCAGUCACAACAUAGUAGCAUUCAGCCACAGAAACAUUUCUAGUGUUUCCUUUUAACUUUUUAAAUAAAAUUUGAGAAUUUUUGUACAUGUAAAAUGUAUUUUUCUAAAAAUGUAUGUUUCUAA